AUGUCACAUACACCGAGGUCGUUAGCAUCCAGGGGAAACUCCACCUACUUCCGCGACACCAGCUUGAAGUUCGAGUUCAGGAGCCUUCGAUCGCAUGCACCGCCUGGCGUCUACGUCGCUCCAGCAGCGGGGAUGCCGCUGACGUGGAAGGGUGUCAUCUUUAUCGGUCAAAGCGCGAGCGUCGUGGAUACGUUAACUGAAGCUGGGCUGACAAACUACAUGGGAGAGCAGAUUAGUGACAGCGACACCGCCGGAGCAGUCGCUGUCUCGCAGCACGAGCAAAGCGCGAGCGGCGAGCAGAAUGUAACGGAUACUUCUGGCUUGAAGACGGAAAGUCAGGGAAGUGCCAGCUCCAUCGGGUACAGCGGAUGGUACGAGGGCGGCAUCUUCGAGUUCCUCAUCUCCUUCCCGAACGACUACCCGCGAUCGCCUCCUCAGCUGCGCUUCGUCCCUCCGCCGCUUCACCCGCAGAUCGCGGCGGACGGCCUGCUUGUGCUCGACGACGUGCGUCCGCCGCUCCAGGAGAUCCAAACCCCGCAAUCCGCGCAGCGGAACCUGUCAAGCGGCAAGGGAGGAGCAGCGGGCGGCGGCCACGUCAUCCCGCUACUGUUCCACGUCCACCGCAUGUUUCAAACCCUCCGACCGUUUCUGGGAGACGAAUGGGGAGGAUGCGAGCAGGAGCGGAAAGAGCAGGUCGGCCCAAGAGCAGCGGUGCGCGGAGCAGCAGGCGCAGAAGGAGGAGAUGAUUCAGCGUGUGUUGGCGGGUGA